GGCUGUGUGAGCGGGGUAGCGGGAGCCGGUGGGGGGGGUAGGUCCUGGACCGUUUCGUGAGCUGAUCGUAACUAGAAAACAACAGCAACAAAAUUCCAUAGCAGAGCCACGACAUUUGACGCUAACCUGGUUUAGAAGGUGGGAGUGGAGCAUUAGUUUCUCAUUGCAGGAGAUGAUUGGUUUCUACAGAAUUCUUAACAGCCAUAUGAACAGGUAGAGGGGACCUCAGAUUAACAUCUCUUCCAAAGGACAAUGGGAUAGGCUCAAAAUUGGGGACAGGAGUUGAGUGAAAAAUCUAAUGGAGGCCAUCAACAUUUAAGGGGAUAGCGAAAGAUUGUUCCUGUUGGUCAGCAUUGCCAUUGGGAGAAUUGACAGCGAAAAUUAAAGGACACUUUCAUUCCGGAUGAGUUUAGGAUGUGGAAUGCUUCACCACAAGUAGUUACUGAAGCUUAAUAAAUAGUUUCAAAAACAGGAACUCUUCAAGCUUGGUUUCCAUGGAGUAUAGCAAUAAAGAAAUGGAUUUGCAACCUGACAUUGAUUUAAAUCUUUUGUCUGAAGAGAAAUUUGACUUUGACUCUGACAUUCUAUUAUCUCCUACAAGUGAUAAAAGUGAUGAAGAUGAAGUAUUUAUUGGGCCACUUGGACAUCUGGAAAAAUGCAUUGCAGUUGCCAUUGAUCUCAACCUUGAAGAGAAGAAGCCAAAAGAAACUAUUUGGAACCCUAUUAGUGCUGACAAGCUUGAUGAUGUCUUUAGAGAAGCCAAUUUAUUAGCACAACAGUAUGAAAAGCAUAUUGAUCAGAAAACCACAAAAAAGGAGAGUAAAAGGAUACAAAACAAAAUGGUGGAACAAUUUAUUGAAGAAUCUCAAAUAAAGCUAAAUUGUUUUAAUAAGGGUAUUGAUAUCCCUAUCACCCCAAGAAGAGAAGCCAUUGUUGUUCAAGAUAGUCCACAGAAGCAACUCAUAUCUUCUGUCCCAGAGAAUUCUCAUACUUGUUGUACAGACCAUGAUCUCCCAUUAGAAUCUUUUAUGAAAGGUGCUGUUCAGGAAACCAAGGCAUCUAUGCAGCCAAUAAAUGGAAGUGCAAGCCAGUCAUCAUUGGGUAAGAUUGAAGGAGCUUCUUUUGAUGAGAACAGAGGUACUACAGAACAAAAAACUCUACUUGGUGAAUCUUUAAAAUGUGGAACAACCAAACACUUUACUGAAAAGUUUGGUCUACGCAAGAGUUUGGGACCGAAACCUCCAGGCUGUAUGAAAAGAAGCAAUGCUGGAAUAAUAAAGACUGUUAAUGUUGCUUCAUCUACAUCUAGUCUAAAUUCUAGUCUUCAUGCUUCCCCUGCUGUUUGUAAAGUUAAUACAUCGUUAAAAUCAUCAAAACUGAAAGCCCCCAACAGCAGUAAGCUUGCUGCACCAACGAGCAAAUUGUCUAAUUCUACACAAUCAAUAACCAAGGAUAUUCCAAACUCAAAAUUAAUCAAACCAAGUACAUGUAAACUGACUAAUCUUGGAAAUGCAAUCCAGCAAGAAUCAGGCAUUCAGACUCCAUCCAGUAAAUGCUUACAAAGGAUUAGUUCUGUGCCAAAUAUAAAAGUUAAUGCUAAGGUCAAACAGAAUAAGUCUGGUAACUCAUUCGGGAAAGAUUUGUGCCCCAAGUCUAAACCAUCUUUUGUACCUGCACCUAAUUCCCAGGCUUUAAGAAAAUACAGUGCACCUUUAUCUGAAACCAGACCGAAGAUAAUGCAACCCAAGAGACUGUUGUCUUGUUCUGCAGUUGUUGGUGUCAGUAUACCAGCUAGUACUCCAAACAAACUUCUAUUGAGAGGAAUGCUUCAAACACCCACUAUUCCAAACCAACCUGUUUCAGUUACACCUAGUUCAAGACGUCUGUCUGUUCUCCCUACACCAGUGAAUCGCCGUUUGUCGGGUAUUCCAGCAUUUACUCCACGAUCACAAUCGCGACCUCGAUUGUCAUCAAACCAAACUAUGGUUUUGACAAAUUGCAGUAUGUCAGCCAGCAAAGAUGUUCUGGCAAGUACCAAACGGAAACAGCAAGACAACGCACAGGCUCCUAACAUAUCCGAUUACUCCUCUGGAGAAGACACGCUACCACUAGUUCCUUGCUCUCUGGAUUUCUUCCCUGAUGAGGUUCAGGCCAUAUGCCAGGAGACAGCCAAUGAGGUUCAGGCCAUAUGCCAGGAGACGGCCAAAGAAGUUCCAGCUGAAAUUCAACAUAUAAAUGAGAAUCUUCUAGUGGAUUUAGAAGUUAACACAAAAUAUGAGCAAAUUGAAGACCGACCAGUGGAAGUUGAGACAAAAUGUGUGCAGGUUGAAGACCGACCACUUAUUGACUUCUCAAAUACUCCUGAUCUUAUCAAACGUGUUGCAUUGAAACCUGUUGAACAGCUUAUAGAUCUCAGCUCUCCUUUGAUCAAGUUGAGUCCUGGAAACAAGGAAAAUGUGAAUUUGGACUCCCCUUUACUGAAGUUCUGAAUGGACCUCUAUUAAAUUUUGACAGCAACUAUACAUUCUACUCUGACUGGAUCAGCCUUGAGCUUCAAACUAUUACUAUCAGUUAUACAGAAUAUUGUAUACUUUUGGUUAUGCUAUAAACUACAAUUGCCUUUUUGCUAGAAAGUGAGUUGCUUUGAAAUAGAUGGCUAAUGUAUCUUCCUUUUGUAUUGUAUAUAAAAUCAAUUAAUAAUCCUGCACUUACUACUACCAUCUUCAUGGGAUUCUUGGUUACUUUGCAAAAUAUAAAGUUUCAAAAUCACUAAAACAUACUGUUUUAAAUAAAUCAAGUCCUGCUCAUCGAUGUGAAUAACUGAAAAAAUUAUUUCACAUAGACUUCUCAAGAUACGUGACACAAUGCCUCAGCCAUUUGCAUACUAUAAAUUAGUGUACAGAUUUUUAGUGUAAUAUCUGUCAGUUGUAUUUGUGCUCAAAUUGAAUUAUGGAUUGUAAUGAAUGUUUCCAGUAAACUUUGAGCAAUACCUUGGUCUUAAAUGAAGUUCAUUACAGAAUACUGUCAAAUAAGUGUUCAAUUGUUCAAUAAGUGCUACUUAUGUGUACGAUUAGGAAAAGAUUUAAU